GACGGCGGCGGCAGGAGCGCGCCCGGGACGGCCGAGAACCCGGGGUCGGUCAUGAGCUUCCCCGGGGCCGCGGCGGUGCUGGCGGACAGAUUAUAACAUCAUGGCGGGGAGGAACCAGAAUCGAACUGUCUCCCUCCCAGGAACUCAGGGCAGCGGCCAGCUACAUACCUUUGGGAAUUGUACAGACAGUGACCUGUUGGAAGAAGAUGCUGAAGUGUAUGAACUUCGGCCCAGAGGAAGGGAGAAGGUUCGAAGAAGUACAUCGAGAGACAGGCUUGAUGACAUCAUUCUGCUAACAAAAGACAUACAGGAAGGAGACACUCUAAAUGCAGUAGCCCUUCAGUACUGUUGUACGGUAGCAGAUAUCAAAAGAGUUAACAACCUCAUCAGUGAUCAAGAUUUUUUUGCCCUUAGGUCUAUCAAAAUUCCAGUUAAAAAGUUUAGUUCUUUGACUGAAACUCUUCAUCCUCUGAAAGGAAGACAAGCUUUGCAUCCUCCACCCGUCGCAUGUGCUCCAGAGCGGGAAGCUGUGGCCCCCGGUGCCUGUCUGCCUUCCACUGAGUCAGCCGGCCGUUUCCUGGAAGAAGUGGACCGAGACAUAGAGCAGAUAGGGAAGUGCACCGACACCAAGAGGGAGAACCUGAGCGAGGUGGUGUCUGCCUUAACAGCACGACAGAGCCGCUUCGAACCGGAGAGCAGAAGCGCUCACAGAAAGGACCCGUACUAUGGAGCAGACUGGGGAAUUGGUUGGUGGACAGCUGUGGUGAUAAUGCUGAUAGUGGGUAUAAUAACACCAGUAUUUUAUUUGCUCUAUUAUGAAAUUUUAGCGAAAGUGGAUGUUAGUCACCAUUCAACAGUGGGCUCUUCACAUUUGCAUCCAGGACUCACACCUCCGUCACAGCACAGAGAAAUGGAAAAUGGAAUUGCUCCAACACAAGGAAUGCAUGUUAGUCAACAAGAUGACCAUAACCUAUAUAGGCAAGAUCCGCAAUCACCUGCUGCUCCACACAGAACGUAGCAGUGAGCUCUGAUCAGUGUUGAUGAGCAUGUAUGCCUAUGGAUAUGGCGGUUCACAGAUAGCCAACAGCUGCUUCGAAGUCAGCAUCCAGGGACAUCGAAGAUGCUCUGUUUUCACCUUGCUAGGAACCACUAAGCCUUUUACAAAUGGAUUGUCUGUAACACACACAUGUGCUUCUUUAUAUUGAGACUGGUCAGAAUACAUCUGCUGUAUCAGUUCUUAAAGCAGAAAUUAAUUUACUUGUAUGGUUAAGAAUUCUAACGUGCAAAAUGCUGUCAUUUUUCUUAUUCAGGAUUAGUUGUGAUUAAAUUUGUUUUUUGAAAAAUUAUUUUUUAAUUUAAGGUUGUUCAUGUCAAGAUUUUCAAAUGCUUAGCAGCUGAAGAAAAUUUGCUACCAUACCACCAAAAUACUGGUUUUGAUUCUAAAAUUAUGAUACCAAGUACUUAACACUCAAUUUUGAAACUUUUUUUUUUUUGUCUUUUGAGACAGGGUUUCUCUGUGUAGUUUUGGUGCCUGUCCUGGAUCUCGCUCUGUAGACCAGGCUGACUCUGUCUCCCAAGUGAUCUGCCUGGCUCUGUCUCCUCAGUGCUGGGAUUAAAGUCUUGCACCACCAUCGCCUGGUUUCAGUUUUGAAACUUUAAAAACGUGUUUUAGCACGUGUUAUGAGAGCAGAUGUAGAAACAGAUAUGGAAACGUAAUUUAUAAUUUCUGUAAUAGAGGCUAACAAAUAGAUUAAAUAUUUUAAGACCCCAAAAUAAUGUCUUAGGGUUGGAAACUUACCAAUUGACCACAAGGACACUGAAAUAGGUCAAGACCUAGUACAUAAAAAAGGAAAGCUUUAUGAGGAGCCCUCCAGCCUCACUUUCACUUAUCAUUUAAAAUAAAAUACUUGUAUCUGAUAUUUGGAAGCACUCUGUAGCACUUUGAAGUGUUAUUCAGAAAAGUAUAUUCAGCAAAUUCCUCUUUACAUACUGUGACGAAUCACUGCUGUUACAAAUAGUAACAUGCCUUAAUUACACUUCCUGCCUUACAAUGUUACUUUACGUGAGCUCACACACACUUUACAAUUGAAGUUGAAACAUUGUCAGAUUUCCUUCCAUAGGCUGUCAUUCCAUAGGCUGUGUAACUUUGUCUUCUCUUAAACACAAGUAAACAUGGAGUAGCAGAUUUGCACUAUCUGCCUCUCAUGUCUUGCAGAGAAAAAAUGAGUGAACAGGACUUUGACAUUAGCAGUAAACAGAUUGUUGUAUUUGGUGGCCCCUUGACCUCUGCUUUUCAAAAUAAAUGUCCUAUUUAGAUGAUCUAAAUGUACCUAAUAUACACUAUCAAACUGAGAAACACAGGCCAAAGUGUGAAUUAGUCAAAAGGGCUUAAUAGUGACAUUUUCUAAGUCUAUUGUGAGACAACCAGUUUGGCUAAGAAGCAUUUGUAUACUGAUUUCAGUGUUUAAUUUUAAAUAUGUGUUUUUAAAAUAUCAGUACAGGUGGUAGAAUUGGGAUUGCAUGUUUUCUGUAUAAUAAACUGCACACCUUAAAAUAUA